AUGGACGACGCUUCUUCUUCCUGGGAGUGGGACUCUCCGCCCAAGACCCAGCUCGAGGUGGACAAGCUCCAUGUGAACUGGAUGGUCCGUCUUAUCGCUGAUGGAGGCCGAGGGUGGGUCUCCAUCUCCAAGAUCACGCAUAAGAAGUCUAAGAGGACGUAUGCGAUGAAAGAGCUGAAGUUCAAGGACGACGCGGAGGCCUUGAACGAAGUUGAGAUGAUGAAAGCGGCGAGAGGAUCGCCCAGAAUCCUGGAAUACUUCGGUAACAUACCCAUUCCAGAAUCCUUCAAACCUCGAUCGGUGUUCGAGUACUGCGUAGCGUGGCUGCACAACCACUGCAACCCGGCUAUAAUACAUCGGGAUAUAAAACCCGAUAAUAUUCUUCUGGUGCCAAGUACCCUCUCGACCAAGUACGGGUACCCGGAGGUCAAACUGACUGACUUUGGCCUUUCGCACGCCCAGAGCGCGGAAGCAGACGAGAAGAAGUACGGAGCGGGUACCUAUUCGUAUCAGCCACCAGAGCCACAACGUUCGACCAAGAAGUCGGACGUAUGUGCAGUGGGUGCUGUCGUGCAUUACCUCAUACACGGCGUUUCCCCUUGUGAGAAGCUUGAGUUCAGUACUUCCGUCACACCACGUGCCAGAAAGGCGGCCAGACAGCGGGCUAGGAAGGGUAUCAAGCCGACGAACAGCAUCUACUCAAGCCAGUUAGAUGACAACAUGCGCUACGCAUUGACAUGGAACCCCGAUCAACGACCCUCCGCCUCGGCACUCCUGGAGCUCGUUGCGCCUUAUGCACCAACCCGGCACGAUAUAGAGGCAAAUCCGCUGCCUGCAUGGGCAAUGAAAAGGGAGCCAGAAAGCUUCGAGCAGUUCUGCUCCUGGGAGUUGGAUGGAGGGCCGGAAGUAGAAGAAGAUCUGUUCUUCAAGGAGUAAAUGGUGCCGGUCUCCAUGGCCUUCUCUCAGUAGAGGGUUCCAACGAGCCACACCGACCCACGGAAACGGCAAUACCGAACCUUUGAAUCUACGGACACUGCUGGAAACAGCAGUAGCUCUGGAGCUGCCAUCCGUAUACCCAACCUUUUGCAACAACGACACAAGGCGACGCAACGAAAAGAGUCCUAUAUCUUGC